AUGGCUUGGGGAGGUUGGGAUUUUGGGUAUUCUGGUGUCCUGAGGAAAGUUUCGAAGAUAGACUAUGAAAAUCACAAAGUUUAUUUCCGUCAACCUCAAAAAACAGGAAAAAAUGCGAAAUUAGUAUUUUAUAAUAUUUUGGAAGAACUUCGAUAUCCAGGGGAUUAUUAUAUUGAUUAUGAUACCAAAAUCCUUUAUUUUUAUCCUUUCGAUAAAAUUAACUCAAAAUCCGAAAUAAUUUUAUCAAAUUUCACUGAUGACAUCAUUAGAUCAAGAUACAUUACAGAUAUCGUCAUCAAAGACAUAAGCAUUGAAUGCACACCUACAACUGCUAUUAACUUGUUCUUAUGCAGGCAAGUUUUAAUUGAUAAUUGCGAAAUUUUCAAUAUUGGCAAUAUUGGCAUUCUAAUGACAGGAAAUGAUAAUAUGAUCAGGAACUGCAAGAUUCAUCAUGUAUUAAAUAAAGCAAUUUUCAUCUAUGAUGCCGGAAAUCGAAAAACAUUACAACAUUCAAAUGUUUCAAUUUUAAACACCGAAGUUUAUUGGUAUUGCAAUAUGAAUAGAAAUGGAUUUACACCUGCAUUAAGGAUUGAAGGUGUUGGAAUAGUAGUAUCGCAUUGCUAUAUACAUCAUGGCGCUGGUCAUGGAAUUUAUUACAUAGGAAACAACUUGCUUUUUGAAUACAAUGAAUUUUCUGAUAUAUUUGAAUCUCCAUACCCAACAUCGGCUAUUUAUGCAGCUCAGGACUAUACAACAAGGAAUAAUACAGUUAGAUACAAUUAUAUUCAUGCCUUAGUUCCUAAUAAUGAAAUACAUCAAGGAGUUUUUAUGGACGAUGUUGAGAGUGGAACAAUUGUUACUCAUAAUAUAUUGGUGAAUGCUGGUAGAUCAAUAUGGCUUGGUGGAGGAAGAGAUUAUUAUGCGCGAAACAAUAUAAUAGUCAAUGCUACUUAUGCAAUGUGGAUUGAUGCAAGAGGUAUUACUAACGCUGAUUAUUUUCAACCAAUAUUAAAACGCCAAUUCUACAACAUUCGUAAUGAUCCAAAAGUCAAAGGAAAUCUUCCUCCUUAUAUUACAACAUAUCCAAACUUAUCUGUUAUUGAUAACUAUUAUAAGAAUGAUACAGUUGAAGUACCUCUUAUUCCACCAUCUGCUUACGUUUUUGAUAAUUGUUAUAUAUAUCCAUCAAAUUCAGCCUUAUUCAUGCCUGUUGAAAAGUACAACAAAACAUUCUUAUAUAGCGAAGUAUUCGUUAAUAACUAUAUUAAUGCUACAGAAAAAGACUUUGCUGACUUUAAGAAAGGUGACUAUUCGAUUAAAAAGGGGUCUAGAUUGAACAAACUUGGAAUGGAUCCUGUAGAUAUGAGUCAAAUGAGAUUACCAAAAAAGAAAUCUAAAAAUGUUGUUGUCCCAAUUAUUGUAACUCUAAUUGUACUGAUAGUUAUUGGUGUAAUAAUUGUACUUAUCUACCUUAAAAUUAAGAGAGAUAAAGAAGCUGAAAGAUCAACUGUUGAGAAGAAAAUAGUAGUAUAA